UGAAGCUUUCUCUAUAUAAUGUUUGGUUACUGAGAUGGGGAUACAGCAUCAUUAAUUGUUUGAGUUCCAUUAAUUAAUCAGUUACUAUUAAUGUUGGCCUUCUCUUCCUCUCUUUCCCUGGCUGCUGCAGCCAUUCUUUUAGCAGUUCUAGUACUGCUCCAUGAAUCAGAAGCCCAGUUAAACUCCACAUUUUACGACACUACUUGCCCGAAUGUUUCCAGCAUCGUUCGAAGUGUGGUUCAGCAGGCUCUUCAAUCUGAUUCUCGAAUUGGCGCCAGCCUCAUUCGGCUCCAUUUCCACGAUUGCUUCGUCAAUGGGUGUGAUGCUUCGCUCCUACUGGACAAAGGUGGGAACAUUACGCAAAGCGAGAAGGAUGCACUCCCGAAUACCAACUCUACAAGAGGGUUUGAUGUGGUCGACAAUAUAAAAGCAUCUCUUGAGAGUUCUUGUCCCGGUGUUGUAUCAUGCGCUGACAUUCUCGCCAUUGCUGCUGAGGCUUCUGUUUCUUUGGCGGGGGGUCCUUCGUGGAGUGUGCUAAUGGGGAGGAGAGACAGCUUGACGGCCAACCAGGCAGGGGCAAACACCUCCCUUCCUAACCCCUUUGAAUCCCUAACCAACAUCACCAACAAGUUCUCUGCUGUAGGCCUCAGCGUCACUGAUCUCGUCGCCUUGUCGGGCGCUCACACCUUCGGGCGAGCUCAGUGCCGGGUGUUCAGCAGCCGCCUGUACAACUUCAGCGGCAGCGGCAGCCCUGACCCGACGUUGAACUCAACCUACUUGGCUACGCUGCAGCAACUGUGUCCGCAAAAUGGGAGCGGCUUUACCCUGGCCAACCUCGAUCUCACAACUCCGGAUGCUUUCGACAACAACUACUACUCCAAUUUGCAGAACAACAAUGGUCUUUUACUGUCUGAUCAAGAGUUGUUUUCGACGAGCGGUGCAGCCACAAUCUCUAUUGUUAAUUCCUUCAGCAGCAACCAAACUGCCUUCUUUGAGACCUUUGCUCAGUCGAUGAUCAACAUGGGGAAUAUCAGCCCGUUAACGGGUAGCAAUGGGGAGAUCAGAUCAGACUGUAAGAAGGUUAAUGGAAGCUGAGAUUUACUCAAGUAAUUUUCGAGCAUAUGUAGGUGGUCUGGAAAUGGAAGACCACUAGCUAGUUGGAAAUAAGAAAAGAAAAAGACGCUGUGUUGUUGGCUUGUUCCUACUUCCUUCAUAUAUAUAAACAAGUAGUCAAUCUCGUUUAUUAAUAAA